AUGACAGUUAUUUUCGUCACGGCAUCUGUUUUUCUUCUGCUGUGCGCAAGUGUGUGCGGGAAGAUGAAGCACAACCUCCGGAGAACAUCUGUACAACAUCACAAACACGGAACUCCACUUUUCAAGAAGAUGCUGGAUCAAACUAAGACGCAUCAGGUGAAAUCAGACCAUCUGCUGCGUGUUGAUGAUCAUGACUUCACUAUGAGACCAGCAUUUGCAGGUCCAGCAGUACCAGUAGGUGUGGAUGUACAGGUAGAGAGUUUGGACAGUAUCUCAGAAGUAGAUAUGGACUUCACCAUGACCCUAUACCUGAGACACUACUGGAAGGACGAGCGAUUGUCUUUUCCCAGUAAAACCAAUAAAAGCAUGACUUUCGAUGGUCGAUUGGUGAAGAAAAUCUGGGUUCCUGAUGUGUUCUUUGUGCAUUCCAAACGAUCCUUCAUCCAUGACACCACCACGGAGAACAUCAUGAUCAGGGUAUAUCCUGAUGGACAUGUGCUCUACAGCCUCAGUUUCAGGGUGACUGUAACUUCAGCAUGUAAUAUGGACUUCAGUCGAUUCCCACUGGACACGCAGACCUGCACGUUAGAGCUGGAGAGCUAUGCUUACACUGAUGAAGACCUGAUGCUCUACUGGAAGAGUGGAGAUGAAUCACUGAGCACAGAUGACAAGAUCUCUCUGUCUCAGUUCCUCAUUCAGAAGUUUCACACCACCUCCAGACUGGCCUUCUACAGCAGCACAGGUUGGUACAAUCGUCUUUACAUCAACUUCAGUCUGCGUCGUCAUAUCUUCUUCUUCCUGCUUCAGACGUACUUUCCUGCCACUCUGAUGGUCAUGCUGUCAUGGGUGUCCUUCUGGAUCGACCGGCGAGCUGUUCCUGCUCGAGUCUCGUUAGGCAUCACAACGGUGCUCACCAUGUCCACCAUCAUCACUGGAGUGAACGCCUCCAUGCCCAGAGUCUCCUACAUCAAAGCGGUGGACAUUUACCUGUGGGUCAGCUUCGUCUUUGUCUUUUUAUCGGUACUUGAGUAUGCUGUCAUAAACUACCUGACCACAGUGCAUGAUGGGACAGAUCGCAAAUCAAAGGAGAAGCCUUUACCCUGCACAUGUGACAUAUCUCACUCAAGGACCAUGGUUCUGGAUGAAGCAUACAGUAAGCCUGAUACUAAUGGCCUGGCAGGAUAUACACAGGCUCCUGUCUCCUCUGAGGAGGCUGCAGAUAAACAGGACCACGUGUCUUUGGUAAAUGAGGCAACAGGAGCCAAGAAGAAGACCCUUCGAGGCUUCCGUAUCAUCCAAAACACUCACGCCAUUGAUGCCUACUCUCGCAUGAUCUUCCCAGGGGCCUUUAUAUUCUUCAAUCUUAUCUAUUGGUGUGUAUACUGCUGAAUUGCCUUGCAAAGAGAUUGUGGACAUAGCAUAUGGAAAUACUUAUGUAUUAACAAAAGUAAAAGAAAAUUGUUAUUUGUUAUGGAUUGAAAGGGGACAACACAGGUAAAUAAGAUCAUGACAUAAUGCAUGUCC